CGAAUAGCCAGUGAGGGAUUCUGAACUGAAGCAAGGCUCCGAAAUCAGAAUAUACUGAUCUGAUCAACAACCAUGGUUUCAAAUCAAAUCACUAUUUUUCUGGUAUUGCUUACACUGAAUGUGAUCCAUGGAAUGGGAUACAAUGCUGCAUAUCAGCGUCGCGGUUAUGGUCGGAGUGGUUCAGACGAAGAUGAUUCCUACAGUUCUGAAGAAGGAGUAUCAAGAGGGCCACGCGGGCCACGAGGUUAUCCAGGUCCACCAGGCCCACAAGGUCCACCGGGAGAACCAGGAGUCGGACUGAGAGGGGCUCCUGGUAGUACUGGGCCACGAGGACCACCAGGACAGUCAUCUGCUGGGAAACCAGGUGCUCCAGGAGCAUCAGGAAAGCCUGGUGCAAAGGGAUCUCCCGGAGAGAAAGGUGACAAAGGAGCUACUGGGAAACCGGGAGAAAAUGGCAGUACAGGACCAAGAGGACCUCCUGGCCCACCUGGAUUAUCAAUUCCUGGUAAACCAGGUUCCCAAGGGGCACCAGGUCGUCCAGGAUCACCAGGAGCACCUGGAUCAAAAGGCAAGUCUGGAAGUCCAGGUCAACCAGGCCCAAAGGGAGAAAAGGGAUCUGGAGCUCCAGGAGAACAAGGUGAAAAAGGUGAACCAGGACCAAGAGGGCCACCAGGUCCAUCUGGACCAAAAGGAAUAGGAAAAACAGGGUCUCCUGGUCCUCCUGGUAAACCAGGUUCCAAUGGGGAGAGAGGUGCCCCAGGUUCACAAGGAAAGCCAGGAGCACAAGGCCAGAAAGGGUCACCAGGUCCACCUGGACAAUCAAGAAACGGAUCUCCUGGACCUAGAGGAGAACCAGGGUCACCUGGAUCUCCUGGGCCAAAAGGCUCAGCAGGUCAAAAGGGAGAACCAGGAAUGCCAGGCAUUGGUAAACCUGGAAAUCCAGGACCAAGAGGAGAGCGCGGCCCUGCAGGCUCAAAUGGUUAUCCUGGAGAAACUGGGAAAAAGGGAGAGCCAGGUCAACCUGGACCACAAGGACCACGAGGACCGUAUGGCCCACCAGGUCAGGACGGUCCAAAAGGCAAUCCAGGGCAAAAUGGUGCACCAGGGCCAAAAGGCAAUCCAGGGCCACCAGGACCACAAGGGUUUCAAGGAUCAAAGGGACAACCAGGGCCAGGUGGUGCACCUGGAAAGUCGGGAUCUCCAGGAAUUCCAGGUAGACCAGGCUCAGAGGGUCCACAAGGACUUCCUGGUCAAAAAGGUGACCCAGGACUAUCUGGAGCACCUGGUAAAUCAGGUAGCCCAGGUUCACCAGGGGCACCUGGGUACCCUGGAAAAGAAGGAAUGAGAGGGUCUGCUGGACCACAAGGUCCAAGAGGUCCAGCUGGAGAUCAAGGAUCUCCUGGAAAUCCAGGAGAAAGAGGAGAGCCUGGUCCUCCAGGUCCUCCAGGUAACCCAGGUAAUUAUUAUGGAAAAAUAUCAGGCAAUAUACCUGGUUCACCUGGACGGGAAGGACCUCCAGGUCCUCCAGGACGUCCUGGUCCACCAGGACCACCUGGAAAAGUUGCUACGCAAUCAGAGAAACAUAAGAUACCAGCAUUUACAGCCAUCCUGUCUCAUUCGUUUUCAUCGACAGACCAACCAGUGGUGUUUGACAAAAUAUUAAUUAAUUCAAAUGAUAAUUAUGAUCCAUCUACUGGGAUUUUUACAUGCAAAAUACCUGGCAUAUAUCAAUUUUUUUAUCACAUACAUGUUAAGGGAGCAAGUGUUUGGGUUGGAUUAUACAAAAAUGAUGAAGCUGUAAUGUAUACAUUCGAUGACUAUAAAAAGGAUUAUAUCGAUCAGGCCUCAGGAAGUGCUAUAAUAAGCUUACGUAAGAAAGACAAAGUUUACAUUCAGCUAUCUUCAGAAGAAUUCAAUGGUUUGUAUUCAUCUGAAAAGAAAAGUUCUUCCUUCUCAGGAUAUCUAAUUGUUCCAUCAUGA